AUGACGUCAGUUAUAUCAAGACACACUUCAACUGUCUCUCUGAUCUCCCAAAACUCUGUACAGCUGGAGGCUGGAUUGUUAGUUCAAUGUUUGAAUCGCUAUAAGGAGCAUCUUGAAUGUGGUUGUGAGAAAGUUCUGGACUCCAAAUUCUCAAAGAAAGGAUUAGGUAUGCAUUUUUGUUUGGGCUGCAGAAAGGUUGGUGGUUGUUUCCUUCGCUUAUGCACUUGGCAUGCAAUUAUGAAAUAUUGUGGUAGUUAG